AUGGUUGAGACUAGAGGUCGACAUGGAGGCUCUGCAAGUACUGUCGGUGGCAAUGCAGCAACGGUCGACUCCCCCGUGGAAGCAGAGAUUGACGCUGAGGCACAUUUGCCUGCCAAGACAGAACGAGAGUCGAGAGAGCCUGAUCCUCCGCCGAAUGGUGGGACAGUAGCAUGGUUACAAGUGUUGGGCUCCUUCUUUCUCUUUUUCAAUUGCUGGGGCACUGUCAAUUCUUUUGGAGUCUUCCAAACAUACUACGAGAACAACCCAUACUGGUCCGAAACUCCUUCCAAUAUAUCAUGGAUUGGCUCAAUACAAGCAUUCCUGCUGCUCAUGGUCGGGGUUGUGACAGGACCUAUAUACGAUCGAGGAUAUUUCAGGACUCUCGUUGUUAUUGGCAGCUUCCUGGUCCCCUUCGGCUUCAUGAUGACCAGUCUCUGCCGUGAGUACUGGCAAGUCGUCAUAGCACAAGGCAUCGUCGUUGGGCUUGGAAAUGGUUUCCUAUGGGUACCGUCCGUUGCCAUUCUCCCGCAGUACUUCACGACGAAGAAAGCCCUGGCAAACGGUAUUGCCGCAGCUGGUUCGAGUUGUGGAGGCAUUUGCUAUCCUAUUGUCUUUCGGGCUCUGGAACAGAGGGUCGGCUUUGGUUGGGCCACCCGGGCUAUUGCCUUCAUUGCUCUCGGCACCCUCACGUUCAGUAUCUGCAUUAUGAAGCAGCGUGUUAUGCCGAAACAGAAGCGGAAAUUGUUGGAUCUGGAUGCCUUCAAGGAAGGACCUUAUACCCUAUAUUGUGUUGGAAUGUUCCUGGCAUUCACCUCGUUUUAUGGGCCUGUCUAUUACAUCCAGCCGUACGCUAUUCAGACAGGACUCACCGAUACAAGUUUCGGAUUCUACCUCCUUCCUAUCCUCAACACUGCCAGUGUACCAGGCAGAAUUAUACCGAACUUUGUGGGAGAUUACAUCGGGCCAAUGAACGUUUUAGUGCCUGCUGCUUUCCUUACGGGUGUCAUGGCAUUGAUCUGGAUCGGCGUUAGUACUCUCGGAGGUAUCAUAGCCUUUGCAUGUUUCUAUGGUUUCUUCAGCGGUGCUUUCAUCAGCAUAGCCCCUGUUGCUAUCGUCGCGCUCACGCCUGACUUACGCAAGAUAGGCACGAGAAUGGGUCAAUCAUUCUUUGUGUGUUCGUUUGGUUUGCUUAUCGGUACACCCGUUUCAGGAGCCAUCUUGACAUCUACUGGCAGGUGGAUUGGGGUACAGCUGUUUUCUGGAAUACUGCUGUUAGCGACGGCUAGCGCCUUUUUCGCAGCAAGAACAUGCCAUGUUGGCUGGAAAUUGAAGGUCAAAGCAUAG